GCUAACUGGUUAGCAUGGCUACCGCUUAAUCACACAGUCUGACUGCAGUGCAGCAGCGCGGAGGACAGAGCUGGCCGCGGCCACUGAGACUAGCUGAGUGUUUAUCAUCCACCACGGUUUAACCUUUAUUUAGCUCAAGAUGGGGACAAGAGACGACGAAUAUGACUACUUAUUUAAAGUGGUCCUCAUUGGAGACUCUGGUGUGGGUAAGAGUAACCUUCUGUCCCGUUUUACCCGGAAUGAGUUCAAUCUGGAGAGCAAAAGCACCAUUGGAGUGGAGUUUGCUACGCGCAGCAUUCAGGUGGAUGGAAAGACUGUAAAAGCCCAGAUAUGGGACACAGCUGGACAGGAGCGCUACAGAGCCAUCACCUCAGCGUAUUAUCGUGGAGCUGUGGGUGCUCUGCUAGUCUACGACAUUGCAAAGCAUCUGACCUAUGAGAACGUGGAGCGUUGGCUGAAGGAGCUGAGAGAUCACGCCGACAGCAACAUCGUCAUCAUGCUGGUUGGCAACAAGAGCGACCUGCGCCACCUCCGGGCCGUGCCCACUGAUGAGGCUCGUGCAUUCGCAGAGAAGAAUGGGCUGUCUUUCCUUGAGACGUCUGCUCUGGAUUCCACUAAUGUGGAGACUGCCUUUCAGACCAUCCUGACUGAAAUCUACCGCAUCGUGUCCCAGAAGCAGAUGUCGGACCGCCGGGACAACGACAUGUCACCUAGCAACAACGUGGUGUCCAUCCAGGUGUUUGGGCCCUCCUCCAGACCGGCCCCAGGGACCCUGAAUCUGAUUUAGUGACUGACUGGUAGAAGCACGAUGGGCAGUGCCAAUGAUGUGUGGGUACAGAUGGCACGGCUAGGCCCAGCCUAAGCGCUGCACAUAGCUGUUGUGUCUUUUUAUUAGUUUACCUGGAUAUUGAUGUUCUGACUGUCGGUUAUCUUUCACAUAUUGCCUCAAACAUUUUUUUGUCUGCGCUGUACUGUGAUUUCUUUUGUUUUUGUUUUUUUAUUAUUAUUAUUAUUAUUAUAAUUAUACUAUUACUCUCUCCACUGUAAUUCCAAUUUCAAAGUGCAAAAUAAAAGAAUGGUUGCACAAGUGAUAUAGAA